UGCAGUAUGUGAAUUUGCUUAGUAUCUAUCUUGGUGCUGAACAGAAAUUGUCGGUUGUUAUUAUGAGUACUUAUCGCAAUAAAUAUACGGUGGAUAGAUAUAUUCCUAACAGAGCAUACAUAAACUCUGAAUUUGCUCAGUACAAUUAUUUGGCUCGUUCUAAUGAAUGCCUAUCCUCCACUCUUAUAGAGCAGAGACUACUAAAUGAACCUUUUAUCAAUACAGCGAAAUAUGCAAAUGUCGUUACUAACUACAGAAAACAAUUACAACAUGCGCUGUUCGAGACUCCUCAUUCAAGUAAAAAGAAAAGUCACAAGAUUAUUCCAGAAAGAGACACAUGGCCUGUAGUAGCGAGAAAAAAACCUUUAAUAGAAAGACCAGUUACUAUUUUAGAUAUGCCUGAUAUCAGUACAACAAUAUACCAUCACGUAAUAGACUGGGGUAAACAUGGCCGACUGGCUACGAUUUUUCACGAAGAAGUACACCUUUGGCCUUCACUGGAUAAUCAGCCGACCAAAACCGAUACUGGCGGUACUAUUCUGGAAUGCGUAAAAUGGAAUCGAUCGGGCACCAAGUUUGCCGUAUCCAGAACCAUAUCCGGGCUCAGUAUCAUGGAUGGCGAAACUUUAAAAUUGGUUGCAAGUUACCCUUGUAAAUGUCCGAUGGAAUGCCACAUAACGAGUAUAGCUUGGACUGAAAAGGAUAAUGUCAUAGCGGGUUGCUCGAGAGGUUGUAUCUCGAUAAUCAGCAAAAAUAGUCCUACGGUGGUGUACUGUCGUCCCAAUAUUUUGCGCGACGAAAUUAUCGACAUAAAGUUAUCGUGUAACGAUAACUACUUGGUUUUAAGAGGAAUGAAAGGAACUUGCGCCAUUUUUAAAAUGCCAGUUGAAGAAGCAAAAGAUCCCUGGUUGACAUUUAAUAAGAAUCGGGGUUUUAUAAAAACAACGGCUUGGCAUCCAUGGAAAGAAUCUAUAUUGGUAGUGGGAGAUUUACAAAACAGCAUUACAAUAUGGAAUGUAAACAGUGAAAAACUGAUAGACCGUGCUAAUCCGAGACCUUUAUUCAAAGAGCCUUACACUUUGGAUUGUCUUACUUUCAACCCACUUUCAGCAGAACUGUUGGUGAGCUUCUACUGUGAAGAUGCAGAUCAGGAUUCCAGUUUGGGAUACAAUUUCUUAUCAAUUUUUAGCAAUAUUCAAACUAUAGUAGACGAAGUGAAAUUUCAUAAUGCCAGAGUACCGUUUGCUUUAUGGGACGGUACUGGCACAAAGUUAGCUACUGCCAGCGCCGAUGAAAAUUUAGCAAUUUGGAAUUUUUAUGGUGACCAAAGUUCCGAGUUCCAAUCGUUGAGACCAAAGAAGAAGGAAAAGAGCAUUUUUGAUAUAUUCGAAAGCGAGAAAAAAUUUAAAAUAUCCCUGAGAUAGAUUUUUUGUUGUAAAGAUAGAGUUUUUGUUUUUGUUGUUUGUGUUUUCUUUUAUUUAUUUUACUAAUUGUUAAAUGUUGAAAUACCUAUAUCUAUUUAUUUUUUUAUUAAUAUAUUAUUUAAUAAGAUAUUAUAUAAAUAAAACAUUUUCUUAUUAUAAUGUACUAGCAAUUUGGGACUUUUUUGGUGACAAAACUUCCGAGUUCCAAUCGUUGAGGCCAAAGAAGAAGGUAAAGAGCAUUUUUGAUAUAUUCGAAAGCGAGAAAAAAUUUAAAAUAUGCCUGAGAUAGAUUUUUUGUUGUUGUUUGUGUUUUCUUUUAUUUAUUUUACUAAUUGUUAAAUAUUGA